AUGGUGGUCGGGGACGUUAGCACAGAAAACAACGAAAUCAUUCCGCAAAUGGUUGAAAAUCGAAUACCAACGAAAGCGACGAUUGCUAAACAGUCGCAAUUGCUCGUCGCAACGCCGGUGGACAUCCUCUUUUUCCUCCUGCCCAUAUUAACGCCAGCUCGCGGAAAUUCAACCUCCCGGAAACGCUUCCAGCCCCUGGAUGAUAUGCUCGAUUCCCAAGAUACGGCCUCAAAAAGCCUGAAACACAUCUUGUCUGUACAGUUCAGAGAAAAGGUGGAAGCGAGAAUGACGGUUAUGUGUGACACUCUCGAGGCUGGAGAGACAAUGUACAGGCUUAAUGAGGAUAAAUUGCUUAGGGAAUUGAUUUUCAAGGCUGAGCGGAUGGCGGCGGGCGGACUUCCUCAGAGUUUGGAAGAGCGGUUUAUACAGAGGGCAUUAGAACUCCCAGUUCUCAGCGUGAAAAGAGAUGAUCUUCCAACAACUUCAACGUCACCAAACCCUUCUGACCCGACCGAUGAUACAAAUAAUCCCGUUGAAACUUCUCAACAGAAGUCCGAGUUACAGUCAUCGAGUUCCACUACACCAACUGCAACCCCGUCGGCUUCUUUUACUGCGUCUGAUGUUUCUACACCAAACACUGCAACCACUCCCCCUACAAAAGACUCACCGCCUAAUUGCGACGUGCGCCACUUACUCCGAGUCCGCACGGCGAUAUCCUUUUUAGCAUCGUCAUACCUACCUAAACACCUCUCGUCCCGAGUGGAAACUCUUCUCAACAAUCCCGAAACGAGCCCCAAAGAUUUUUCUCCCCUUACCCAACAUUUAAAACUCGUCGCGGAAAUGCGCGCCAAAGCAGUAGCGUCUCGUUCAAUGGGUGAUUUUUCCCACAAACGGAGGGUUGAGGAUGAUGAAGAAGUGGAAAGAAAAAUGGAGAAAAAGCGAAAGAAGGAAGAAGAAGAGAGGAAGAAGAAGAUGGGGGAAUCGAGGGCGGUGAGAGAUUUGAAAAAGGUGAAUGUCUCCGGGAUGAAGAAGCUGAGUGCCUUUUUCCAGAAGAAAACUUAG